CGUAAAAUGAAUUAAAAAUAAACUAACAAAUAAAAUAAAAACCCUUGGUAUGAUGGGCCUUGGAAAGCCCAAAAAAAAAGGAAGAGUGCGCGUGAAAACCACUCUAAUUUCUCUGGAUUCCAAGAUUCCCCAAUUCGUCUCCUCCAACAGUUUUCUUCUUCUCUUCUUCUUUGGGUGUUCCUUCCACCAACGGCAGAAAUCGAUUUGGCUUAAAUCUCCCCCUCCUUUCGAUCUCUCUGAUCGCCGCCGGGAACAUUCAAUUUCCCGGGAGUUCAACAAAAAAAAAACUCUCCGUUUUUAUUUUUCCCCCUUUUUCACCGGUGGAAGUUUCCGGAGAUGGUGUCACCCGAAAACGCUAAUUGGAUUUGUGACUUGAUCGAUGCUGAUUACGGAAGUUUCACAAUCCAAGGUCCUGGUUUCUCUUGGCCUGUUCAGCAACCUAUUGGUGUUUCUUCUAACUCCAGUGCUGGAGUUGAUGGCUCGGCUGGAAACUCAGAAGCUAGCAAAGAACCUGGAUCCAAAAAGAGGGGGAGAUGUGAAUCAUCCUCUGCCACUAGCUCGAAAGCAUGUAGAGAGAAGCAGCGACGGGACAGGUUGAAUGACAAGUUUAUGGAAUUGGGUGCAAUUUUGGAGCCUGGAAAUCCUCCCAAAACAGACAAGGCUGCUAUCUUGGUUGAUGCUGUCCGCAUGGUGACACAGCUACGGGGCGAGGCCCAGAAGCUGAAGGACUCCAAUUCAAGUCUUCAGGACAAAAUCAAAGAGUUAAAGACUGAGAAAAACGAGCUGCGAGAUGAGAAACAGAGGCUGAAGACAGAGAAAGAAAAGCUGGAGCAGCAGCUGAAAGCCAUGAAUGCUCCUCAACCAAGUUUUUUCCCAGCCCCACCUAUGAUGCCUACUGCUUUUGCUUCAGCGCAAGGCCAAGCUCCUGGAAACAAGAUGGUGCCAAUCAUCAGUUACCCAGGAGUUGCCAUGUGGCAGUUCAUGCCUCCUGCUUCAGUCGAUACUUCUCAGGAUCAUGUCCUUCGUCCUCCUGUUGCUUAAUCAAGAAAAAUCAUCAACCGGUUUGCUUCUUGCUUCCGCUUAAAAGAAAAGUCUCCAUUUGUUUUGCUCUCCUCUCUUUCUCGGCUUUCUUAGUCUUAUCCUUUUGCUUUGUCGUGUUAUCAUCGUAACUGUUAUCUGUUGAACAAUGAUAUGACAUUGUAAACUCCAAUUGCUUCGCGCAAUGUUAUCUAUUCACAUGUAAAUUUAAGUAGAGUUUGGCAGAUCGUCUCUCACUUUAUGUGUUCUUACAUUAAUACAUAGAAUGUGGUUACUUCCUCGCC